AUGGGCCAUUCUGCCAUCAACAAGGUAGUAACCAGAGAACACACCAUCAACAUUCAGAAGCACAUCCAUGGAGUGGGUUUCAAGAAAUGUGCCCCUGAGGCACUCAAAGACAUCCGGAAAUUUUCCAUGAAGGAGAUGAGAACUCCAGAUGUGCGCACUGACACCAGACUCAACAACACUGUGAGGGCCAAAGGAAUAAGGAAGGUUCCACACCAUGUAUGUGUGCAGUUGUCCAGAAAAUGUAACAAGGAUGAAGAUUCACCAAACCAGCUCUAUACACUGGUUACCUAUGUACCUGUCACCACUUUCAAAAAUCUAGACAGUUAA